AUGAACGAUCAACAGCGGGUCGUUAAUCCUGGAUCAGAGUUCCAGCUGCCGGCACAGACGAACAAGUGGCAGGUACCAACUCACGUAGCUCAAGCUCAGCCUCAGCCGGAGAUCGGCCGAACCUACCUUCCUGCCCAAAUUCAAUUGGAAGUGGCUCGUGCACAGAAGGAGGCGCGUACCCACUUGACGCGUAAAUGUGGCUACCCUCUGCCUCACAAGCCUCUGCCACCUCUGCAGCCUCACUUAACAGCUCAGGUAAGCAAAGUGCCCGAUUUCCUUUUCCCCACCCACCAACCAAUUCUUUUCUUCCGUCCCGAUCCUCGUCCCCAAUUCAACUCUUCCCACUGUCCUACCGCAGCAUUCUCCGCGUCAACCUCACCAAACUCACACGGUGACCAGCAGCCGUAUCCGACAACCCACCCCACCGAGAAAACCGAGGCACAGCUUAAGUUUGGAGAUAGCCUCACCUACACACCUUCUCCUUCUAUUCCCUCCCUCUUUUAUACUCCACCUUCAACCCCUAGCUGUUCACCCCCAACCGCCAACAUUUCGUUCCAACAGCCCCCCCACCACCGUGCGGUCGCCCCGGGCGUCGUCGUCAACGGUAACUCGAGCGCCUUAAACACCCCGCGCCCGGGCCCGACGACAACCCCAGCGACCCCGGUGAAUAUGCCAACCAACGAUCCCGCUCCUUCCGGAGCCCUUCGAUCGCCCCCCGAAGGCAUAUUUCCAAGCUUCGAGGACCUUAUCGGUUCCAUCCAGCGCGUGGCGAAGGAUCAGGGUUUCGGAAUCGUAAAGCUUCGAGCCAGUAACUAUCGCGACCACAAGCCUACACGAUAUGAUUUGGUGUGUGACCGUGGCGGCGUCAAGUACAACAGCACUGCCAAGAAGCGUAACCCGAGCACGAGGAAGGUUGAUUGCCCUUGGAGGGCGAAGGCAGUAUGUGAGGUCCAGCUCGGCAACCAGUGGCGUUUCCAGGUUCAGUGCGAUCAGCACAACCAUGAGCCCCGAGUUCACAGCAGCAAUCCGGGCCAAGAGAACACACCGACCGCCCAGAGUAUACGAAGUCUAACGAAUAAGAUGGACCGUAUGAGCCACGAGAUGACACAAGCCUUCGAUCGCAUCGAGCAACGCCUAGACGGCAUUGAAAAAAGAAUCGAAAAUAUGGAGUCGCGCAUGGGUGCGGUGGAAGCGCGCAUGUCUAGCAUGGAGACCCGAGGAACCGGUAUGGACGUGCCCAUGGAUAACAUGGAGAUGGGAGGGCCUAUGCUAGAUGGCCCUGUCAUGUAG